AUCCCCCCACACCAAACCGCAAAAAUCUGCAAACGUUGUCUUUAAGCAAGAGAAAAAUAACGGACCGCCGCUCCUUUGCAGUUGCACCGUCCUCAUUUGACACCCCCAAUCCACUCCUUAAUUACACUCGCUGCCAUUCUCUUUCUCCACCCCUGAUUUCGCUCUUCCUUCCUCUACUUCCUCCCUGCACCAAUGCGGUUUCGCCGGAGCUGAGUUCUUUCUCGAGACGCGAAGUAUUGGUCCGUGUUUGGGUUUCUCCAGCGUCGAGCUCGAUUCAGAUCCAAUACUUGCUAUUUAUGGUCAAGGAGAAGGUCUUUGUGAUAUGUGUGGAGCAGUUGAUGUUAGCGUUGUGAAUGCGAAGCGACGAUAACUCUAGGUUUUCAAAAUCCUUUUGAUCUCUGUGGAUUUGAGCGAUGAAUCGAAGCUUUAGGGCUCAAGAGAUGCAAAUGCAAGCUGCGGCUUUGAAGCAGAGGCAACAGCUCAGGGCGUCGUUGAUGAAGGAGAAGGAGGAUGAUUUGGCAUUGUUCCUCGAGAUGCGAAAGCGCGAGAAGGAGCAGAGUAAUCUUUUCCUCAAUAACUCUGAAGACUUUGACGCUCCAUUAGGUUCAAAACCUGGCACGUCGCCUAUAUUUAAUAUUUCAUCUUCAACAACAACCACCCGAAAGACUGGUGCUGAUGAUUUCCUCAAUUCCGAUAAUGAUAAGAAUGACUAUGAGUGGCUUUUAACACCUCCUGGUACUCCUCUCUUUCCUUCUUUGGAGAUGGAAUCACAAAAAGCCAUUAUGAGUCAGAUUGGCACUCCAAAGGCUCGCCCUACUGCCCUGAAAUCUAGAUUAGCAAUUCCCCAGCCAGAGCCAGCUACAAGGAGUAACUUAGUAUCAAAACAACCGACUCUGUCCACUGGGUUGAAUUCUUCUGGUACAGGAACUCGAAGGCCCUCAUCAUCAGGGGGUCCAGGUUCAAGACCUUCAACACCUUCUGGGCGCCCAACACUGGCUGGAACAUCUAAAUCCUUGAGAUCUUCAACACCUACUUCUAGGGCCACAUUGCCAUCAACCAAGCCGUUGGUUUCCACAAAUAAGUCCAUUGUUUCUACAACUAAGCCAGUAGCUACCACAACUCGGUCUGCAGCUACCAUGGCUAAGCACAUAGUUUCUGGAACCAAGCCUGUUUCACCUGCUUCAUCUGCAACCAAGUCAACAGUUCCUACUAGAUCCUCCACACCAUCUAGGUCUACUGCUAGGUCGUCAACACCAACUGCAAGACCCUCUAUACCUCCAUCGAAGCCUGUGUCAAGGGCAGCUACGCCAACCCGUCGACCAUCCACCCCAUCUAGUGUUGCUAAUCUAUCAGCCCCUCCUGUUAAAUCUUUACCUGCAGUGAGCAAGCCUAGUCCAGCUUUAUCCAGAAAUUCUGUUCCAUCACGUGGUGCUUCUCCAACAGUGAAAUCCCGACCAUGGAAGCCUUCUGAGAUGCCCGGUUUCUCCCUUGAUGCUCCACCAAAUUUAAGGACAUCAUUACCUCAAAGGCCACUUUCAGCCACUAGGGGUAGGCCUGGAGCACCAAGUUCUCGGUCUUCUUCUGUUGAGCCUGGCCCUCCUGGAAGAAGACGACAAUCAUGCUCUCCUUCAAGAGGACGAGCCCCGAAUGGUGCUAUGCAUAUCAGUGGCAGCUCUGUUCCUGCAGUCAGUCGUGGAUACCCUAAGGUCAGUGACAAUGUGAGCCCUGUUGUAAUUGGAACUAAAAUGGUUGAGAGGGUGAUAAACAUGCGGAAGCUGGCACCACCCAAACAAGAUGACAAGCAUUCUCCUCAUGGUAAUCUGUCUGGAAAGUCUUCUUCCCCAGAUAGUUCAGGCUUUGGAAGAACACUAUCAAAGAAAUCAUUGGAUAUGGCUAUAAGGCAUAUGGAUAUAAGGAGAAGCAUUCCUGGUAAUUUGCGGCCAUUGAUGACAAAUAUUCCAGCAUCCUCUAUGUACAGUGUGAGAUCAGGUCCUCAGCGAGGCAGAACCAUUAGUGUUUCAGAUUCUCCUCUUGCCACAAGCAGUAAUGCUAGUUCCGAAGUCAGUGUCAAUAACAAUGGCCUUUGUUUAGAAGCUAGUGAAGUAGAAGAUAUUGUGAAUGAGAAAGGCCGUCAGUCUCCUAGCGUGCGUGGCAGGUGAUGGUCAGGCAAUAUAUCUGCAUUUUCCAUGAUUCAACAUACAUUAUUGUUUUAAACCUGCACGGUUUGACAGUUGGAAGAGAAGAUAGCCAAUUUCCGAGAGGAAGCACCAGGGAGUCACCCCUAUGAUAAUCAAUGUAAAGCUAAUGAGAUAAGAUUCUUUCCCUGUUAUGUAAUUGAAAAUCUUUGUAUCAUUAGGAAAACCAGUUAGAUCCUGAACAUCUUCCCUUUUCAUCUUCUACACGGUGAAUUGUUGUGAAGUAGUUGAAAGUUUGAAUGCUUGUCACCCAAAACAAGUGAUCACAUAUCCCCAAUUCCCUUUCCCUUGGGUUCUCCCCCAAUUGGGUUGAAUUUACUUCUGAGAUAUAAAUUCACAUCACUCUC